AUGCACACAACCCUUACGUGUGAAUCGUCAAACUUCCUCCCAAACCCAAGCUUCGAUACAAGCUGUCUCGAUACAGGAUGGCGUCACAAGAAGCUGAACGCGUCGUGCGAUCCAUGGCCGUACUUAUUCCCGUGGCGCGCGUUAGAACCUGGGGAGACACUCUCAACCGACGAGUUCUUAGCCACCGCCGCAUUUGGCGGCGCAAACCGCGGAGCAUUGCUCGCUCCAGCGGGUGCGACAAAGGUGGAAGCCGUGGCCGCGACAGCAGAAGAAACGGCAUCGCCUGCUGACGUGACAAUAGCGGAUGGGGUCACGGGAGUCACGGACACUCUUCUGGCAGCUGACGGGUCCCGUUUUCUACAGCUGACUUCCGCUUUUUCCGCGUCGUCUAGUGGCGACGGUGCUUCUGGUAGUAGCAAUGAUAGUACUAACAAUAGCAGUAGCGCGUUUGGCAGCCCAGGCGUGACGCAAGCGCUGUGCGAACUCAAACCCGCCGCAUCGCCGACCAGCAACGAGUCACAGCAGGCGCAGCAGCAGCAGUCCCCGCGCCAGCUGUCGCUCUCGUUCUUUGCGCGCGCCAGCCUGUGCGCGGAGGGGGAAGGGGGCGCGGAAGGGGAGGCGGGGCGGCUGCUGAGGGUGCUGCUGCUGGCAGUUCCGCUGAACGCCUCCGCCGCCGCCACAGCAGGGGGAGAUGCAGCUGCUGGGGGAGGGGCGGGGGAAGGAGGAGCGGGGGAGCAGGUGUGGGCGGAGUGGCGGGUGGGUGUGCCGUGUGGGGGAAGCAGCGCGAGUUUGUCCGGCGCCUUGCCUUGGUUCCACGUGGGACCCCUCCUCUUCCCCCUCCCUGACCUCCCAGAUUCCUCCUCCUCUUCUUCCUCCGCCUCCUCUCCUUCCUCGCUGGUAGUGCCCCCAGGGGGAGUGGCGCUGCACUUGGUGAUUCGAGGUGUGCAAGACAGUCACAGCAGCAGUAACAGCACGAGCGGCACUUCCACCGUUACCACCACCAGUGGUAUUGCCACCGCCACAAGCAGCGUAGCUGCCAGCGGCAGUGAGAGCAGUAGCAUCGGCGCCACCAGCGCCACUGUUGCUGCGAGUAUGGGAGGAGGAGGAGCAGGAGAGGGAGCGGGAGUGAAGGCGGCGGCGGUAAAGCGAGUGGACGUGGCGUCGGAAGCUGGAGGAGGAGCAGGAGCGGGGAGCACGGCUAUCGACCUUGCGUCUGUCAUGCCUACCCGCAGUGAGUCAGAGAGGCAGAAAUGGUUGGCAGGGUCACAGGUGUGUCACAGCCGACCCCUCCCCUCUCAAGUCCUCCUCCCAAUGGCUCUCCAACACCCAAGACUCACUCAUUCCCCCUCCCUUCCCCAUCCCCUCCUCUCCCCCCUGCCGCCCUUCCCCCCCACUCCCCAUCCCUGUCACUGCCCUGCAGCCGACCCCUCCCCACUGAAGUCAUUCUCCCACUGGCCGCUCUCCAGCGCGCACCCGCUCAUCACAGCCGGCUCAGCUCGCCGCAAUUCAUCCUCCCUCUCCCUCACCUCACUCUCCGACUUCAAUUCUGCCUCCCUCGCGCUGCACCCCGCCCCCUUCGCCCUGCUCGCCCCCGCCACGCCCGCCUCCCCCUGCCGCCCCUUCUCCUUCUCCACCUCCUUCACCUUCCGCAUCUCCUCCCCCAAUGCCGCCGGGCUGGGCGGCGAGGGCUUGGCGUUUGUGAUGCUGCCAACGCCUACGCUUGGCCUGCAGGGGCCCUCCCUGGGCUAUGGCCGUGUGCUGCUGCCCCCGGGGAGUACAGCUGGUGCUGAUAAUUCCAGCCGGGAGGGCAUAGACUUUGUGAUGAUACCAUUGCCCUCGUUCGGCCUACCACGAGGAGGUAUGCUCAUCAGUUUCAUCUCUUUCUUCUCGCUCGCCUCCCGUGUUUCGUCUUCCUUCUCUUGCCUUCCGUCUUCCUUGUUCAUUGUCUGCUGCUCUUCCUCUGCAUGUCUUGCUCUCUUUUGCUGCUGCUUUGCGUUUUUGCGGUUCUCUUUAUCUGCUGCUCCCCUUUGCUGCUCCCCCUCCCAUGCACAGCAGCACAGGAGCCUCGCGGUGGAGUACGACACAUCUAAAUCUCUCAAGCACUUCUCCCUCCCCUCCCUCUACCAUCCACAGCAGCACAGGAGCCUGGCAGUGGAGUUUGACACAUCGGCCUCCCUGGAGUUCUGGGACCGCCCCGACCACCACGUGGGGGUGAACCUGCACGGCAGCAUGCUCUCUCUCGCCUCUGCCCCCGUGCACCCCCUCGGCAUUCCCGCCCUCAACGCCGGCCAGACCCUCCUCGCCACCAUCCACUACAACGCCUCCUCCUCCCACCUCACUUGGCUCGGCGGGAACGAUCCGGAUGCAGUUUCGCCCCCCCCGCCGCUGUUGGUGGGAUUCACAGCGGCCACGGGCAAGGGGACGGAGCAGGCUCAGGCACAUGAGGUGCUGGGGUGGGAUUUCCAAGUGGGGGAGGGUGAGUGA